GGGGAGCAACAAUACACAGAGAGAGAGAGAGAGAGAGAGAGGAGGGAGGGAGAGGGGGGAGGAUGAACACUGCAGAGCUCAAUCACUUCCGCACCAUGUGAGUUAAAGGGGCUGAAGCUCAUUUGCUCCCGUUUGGACCUGCAUCCCUCCGGAUAGAGCAGCAGCAGCAGCAGCCAAGGCUUCCAGAGAUCAGGGACUCAGAGAGACCAGAGACCAGAGACUGGAGAGGAGGGCUGCAGAGGAGUCUCCCCCCCGGCAGAGCGCACAGCAGCGGGGAACAUGAGUGCAGACGUGGCCGUGUCCCUGUCGGUGCUCGUGGGGGUCCUCGCGCUCAGUGAUGUGGUCCGCAGGUUGUUGAGACGGGCCCUCGCGGACACCGGCCUCUCUGUGUACGCGGUGGAGCUCGUGUCCACCUUUCAGCUGUGCUGCUGCACGCACGAGCUCAGGCUGCUGUCAGAGGUGGGCGGAAUCGAGCCUCGCCUCGCGCUCACCUUGACGUACCUGGCGGCCGUGACUCACGCGCUCCACUUCAGCGGGGCCCUCGGGAACCCCUGCGGAGCGCUCGAGCUCGCGUACCGCGCGAGGCUCUCGGGCGGGUGCGCACUGCGGAGGAUCGCGUGCCAGUUCGCUGCGGCUGCUGCUGCGCGCGCCGCGGUGCCUCUGAUUUGGGGUGUGGGGCUGUCGGGACUGCACGUGAGACAUAAGCUGCUGGGGUUCAGGUGCAUCAGUCAGAUCCACGCGCCUGUCCGAAGCAGUUGCGUGGAGCUCGCGUGCGCCUUUGCGGUGCAGACUGUGAUCACUCACACGAGAGCCGUGGAGGAGAAACGCGUGCACGCCGUGGCUGCUGUCAUCGCUACUGUGGUUUAUUCAGGUGGCAGCAUGACAGGAGCAGUGUUUAACCCCGCGCUGGCCUUCUCCACUCAGUUCCCCUGCAGUGGGAACUCCUUCCUGGAGUACUGCCUGGUCUACUGGCUCGGCCCGCUGCUGGGUAUGAUGAGCUCAGUGCUGCUGUUUGAUAAACUCGUCCCUCUGAUGUCGAGCAAAUCAUCGUCUCCACAUCUUCCCCUGGACGCUAAGAAGACAACAUGAGCACACGGAGACAGAGCACACAAGGAGAGACGUUAACCUGCUGCUGAUCUCAGACAGCAGAGGUUAAAAAGAAGAAGAAGAAGAAGAAGAAGAAGAAGAAGAAGAAAAGAAGAAGAAGAAGAAGAAGAAGAAGAGCACUGAUUUGCACUUUUUUAGACGUCAUGAUAAAUAAUCCUGAAGACAGAUGGUCUUUGGGAGGAUUUCACCUCAAAAGCACAUUGUAGGAGUUAAAUUUAAGACACUGACACUGUUUGUUUUUAAUUUAAUCAAACUCAGAAUCAGGGUUUCUGCACAUUAACCGGCUUAAGGUGGUCGGUCACACAACCCAACGAAAUUACUGAGAUUUUCAGACAGUUCAACACCUUUUAAAUACUGACAAUAAGGAACAUCUCGUACUGUUACUUUAAUAUCUUAUCACCAACAUGUUUGCGUCGUGUUGCAUGACUUUAGUCUGAUCCCAGCAUGAGAUGUUCUCAUUCCAACAUGAGACUGAAGCCACAUGUCUCUACGAGCUGUGUGGUUAUUAUUUUUAUGUAGUAAAAGAUGUUUAAACUGAGCAAAGUUUUAGGACUGAAGCUCGUUUACUAAACAUUUAUAGUAUAAAGUUCUUAUAGUUAUUACAAAGACACAUUCCUUUACUGUUAUUCAGUCUUAUUGUAUGCAGAGCGAUGUGUAGCAGCGUACUGUUCAGUGAUGUCUGUUAGUGUCAGCACAGAUUCAAACGGUGCCUUCAAUUCUCUGUAAAAAACUGGAAAUGUUAACCUCAGAUUAAACUAUGAAAUCACUGAUGUUU